CAAUAACGUCUCCAGAGCACCUCAGCACCUCAGAAUCUUUCUGAAAAAUCAAUCUUUUCCGCACCCAGCACACCACUUAUAUAGAGCCUCAGGUUUCACAAUGUUCAAGAGGCUUCUGAAGAAGGAAGAGAAGCACGAUGACGACAUGACAGUUUGGGUGCCCAAAGGCGUCUACAACUCAGUAGCACCGAUAUGGGACGAACGAUACGCAUGGCAUCCCAUGGCUGUUGACGACUCGCUGCCCAUGGACCAGACCUCGUUCAUCCAGGUGGACAACAAGGUUGAAGACGGCGAGGAAAACCCAGAAAGCCACAACGAAACAGCCGCCAGCUCCAGUAACGAGAACUCGGCACCCGAAGCAUCAGCAGAUGACAGUGCAUCGGUCCACUCCGCCGUCUCGACCGUGCCAAGCAUGACGGGCCGUAGCAGGCAGGGGUAUUCUGCGCAACAGCCGGGGAAACUCCAGAAGCGGACGUCGUUCGGGUUCCCGGUCAGGCAGAUGUCCUGGAACACAAGCAGGAGGAAACGGGAGGCGCUGCUCCAGCGGAAUAAGUCCCGGAACAAGUGUGGCGUCCCGGGCAAGAGGACAUCGUCACAGGCGCCGGCGGCUCCGGUCGCCGGAAAGGGGUCACCGGGGCCCGGAACAGGUCCGAGAUCGUCCGCGUCUGUUCCCGUCAGUGUGGGCGGAGACUUCGUCAUGUACGCGCUGUGAUCUAACUAUACCCUCCCUGCUUUGCACAGCUGGUAUUAAU